AUGGCAACAACAAUCCUCGGCCACGACGACCGCCGUCUAGUCGCCGACUCCGCCCUCGACUUUCUCGUCGUCGAGAUGGUCGACCUCAUGCGACGUCUGCCCACCGAGACCGAGAACGAUAAGGAGGCCGCGUACUUCAAGCUCGAGAAUUUGGGGUACCGUGUUGGGGUUGCGAUGGUUGAGAGGAUAACACGGGAGCGCCCACGCUUCAUGGACAACCUAGACGUGGUUAAGUUCAUUUGCAAGGAUUUCUGGAUCGCCGUGUUCAAGAAGCAGAUCGAUAACUUGAAGACAAACCAUCGGGGCGUUUAUGUAUUGACAGACAACAACUUCCGCUGGUUCUCACGCAUGUCCGGCGACGGGACAAGUACCGAUCUUGGGCGGCAGGCGUUUGCUCACCUAGCCUUCCCAUGUGGUCUCAUCCGCGGCGCCCUGAGCAACCUCGGGGUGCCGAGUGUUGUCAUUGGGGAGGUGUCUACUGUGCCGCAAUGCACGUUUCAGAUCAAGAUAUCUAAGCCAUAG